AUGGCUCUCCCGGUGAUCAAGAGUAUCGUUGACUGCUCGUCGCUGGAAAAGACCGUGUACCCCUACCUACCACAACUCUACGACCUUCCCCAGCAGAUUAUCCAGACAUGCAAUGAUCCGACCGGGCUCAAGAACCUCUAUCUCGCCACGAACCCGCUGAUAUCUGCAUUCGCCUUCUCACUCUUCCUCGCGCCUCUAGUCCUCGUCAUCUCCGAGAUCAACAAGAACUAUUCGCAGAUAGACCGACUUUGGAGUAUACUGCCUACCAUCUACAAUGCGCAUUAUACCGUAUAUGCCCAUAUGUCAGGGCUCGAUACGCAACGACUGGAUAAUUUGAUUGCUUUCAGCGUUGUGUGGAGUCUACGAUUGACAUUCAACUAUUGGCGCAAAGGCGGAUACAGCAUUGGCUCCGAGGAUUAUCGAUGGGAGAUCGUCAAGUCGAAAGUUCACCCGGGCGUGUUCUUCAUUUUCAACAUUAUCUUCAUUUCGCUGGCCCAGAGCGUCCUCCUCUUUGCGAUCACGACUCCCACAUACAUUAUAUUGCUCGCAGCUCGGCUUGGACAAGAGUUUUCGACAUCUGACAUCAUCUUCGCGCGAUUAUUGAUGGCCUUAGUCCUCCUGGAAUUUUUUGCAGACCAGCAACAAUGGAAUUACCAACAGGCCAAGAAGGAGUACCUCAAAACAGCCAAGGUCCCUCGUUCUUACCAUCAAGAGGAUCUCGACCGCGGAUUUGUCGUUACUGGUCUUUGGUCCUGGAGCCGUCACCCCAAUUUUGCUGCCGAGCAGACUAUUUGGGUUUUACUAUAUCAAUGGGGAUGCUGGACCUCCGAUGUUAUGUAUAACUGGACUUUCGUGGGAGCAAUGUCCUACCUAAUCCUCUUCCAAGGCUCAACGUGGCUUACCGAACUCAUCACAUCCGGAAAAUAUCCAGAGUAUAAGGAAUACCAGAGGCGAGUCUCGAAAUUCAUCCCGCGUCUGUAUACAGAUCUCCCAGGAGACUUUAGCGACACGAGGCAACAGCCCAAGAUAUCGGAAGAGACGGCUGAAGAGAAGAAGAUCGAGAAGAAGGGGGCUAGGAAGAGCUCGACUGUGAAAAAAUAG